CAGAGGCCACUGGCUGAGGUGGACCCCAGAGCUCAGAAGCAGCACCAGGGGGAGGAGGAGGCCCUGCAGAAACAGUGAGAUGGCUGAGGCAGAGGCAGCGCAGCUGAAGGAGGAGGGGAACCGGCAUUUCCAGCGGCAGGACUACAAGGCAGCCACCAAAAGCUACAGUCAGGCCCUGAAGUUAACCAAGGACAAGACCCUGUUGGCCACUCUCUACCGGAACCGGGCGGCCUGUGGCUUGAAGAUGGAGAGCUAUGUCCAGGCAGCUUCUGAUGCUUCCAGAGCCAUCGACAUGGACUCGACAGAUAUCAAGGCUCUAUACCGGAGGUGCCAGGCGCUUGAGCACCUGGGGAAGCUGGACCAGGCCUUCAAGGAUGUGCAGCGCUGUGCCACCCUCGAACCUCGGAACCCAAACUUCCAGGAGACUUUGAGGAGACUCAACACCAGCAUUCAGGAGAAGCUCCGUGUGCAAUUCUCCACCGACUCAAGGGUACAGAACAUGUUUGAGAUCCUCCUGGACCAAAACAGUGAGACUGAUAAGAGGGAAAAGGCUGCCAACAACCUCAUUGUCCUAGGCCGUGAGGAAGCCGGAGCUGAGAGAAUCUUCCAGACCAAUGGAGUGGCCCUGCUGUUGCAGCUUCUGGAUACUCAGAGGCCUGAGCUGGUGCUGGCUGCCGUGCGCACCCUGUCCGGCAUGUGCAGUGGCCACCGAGCUCGGGCCACAGUGAUUCUGCAUGCAGUCCGAAUAGACCGAAUCUGCAGCCUCAUGGCAGUGGAGGAAGAGGAGAUGUCUCUGGCUGUCUGCAACCUGCUGCAAGCCAUCAUCGAUUCCCUGUCCGGGGAAGACAAGCGAGAACAUCGGGGGAAGGAGGAGGCUCUGGUUCUAGACACCAAGAAGGACCUAAAGCAGAUCACCAACCACCUGCUCGACAUGCUGGUUAGUAAGAAAGUAUCUGGCCAGGGCAGAGACCAGGCACUCAACUUGCUCAACAAGAAUGUCCCCAGGAAGGACCUGGCCAUCCACGACAACUCACGCACCAUCUAUGUGGUAGAUAAUGGCCUGAGAAAGAUCCUGAAGGUGGUGGGGCAGGUUCCUGACCUGCCUUCUUGCCUACCCUUGACUGACAACACUCGCAUGCUGGCCUCCAUCCUCAUCAACAAGCUCUAUGAUGACCUGCGCUGUGACCCCGAGCGUGAUCACUUCCGAAAGAUCUGUGAGGAGUACAUCACGGGCACAUUUGACCCACAGAACAUGGACAAGAAUGUGAAUGCCAUCCAGACAGUGUCAGGGAUCCUGCAGGGGCCCUUUGACCUUGGCAAUCAGCUGCUGGGGAUGAAAGGUGUGAUGGAGAUGAUGGUGGCGCUGUGUGGCUCAGAGCGCGAGGCAGACCAGCUGGUGGCUGUGGAGGCGCUCAUCCAUGCUUCCACCAAGCUCAGCCGGGCCACCUUCAUCAUCACCAACGGGGUGUCCUUGCUCAAAGAAAUCUACAAGAAAACCAAGAAUGAGAAGAUCAAGAUUCGCACGCUGGUGGGACUCUGCAAGCUCGGCUCUGCCGGCGGCACAGACUAUGGUCUCAGGCAGUUUGCUGAAGGGUCCACUGAGAAGUUGGCCAAGCAGUGUCGCAAGUGGCUGUGCAAUUCCACGAUAGACACCCGGACCCGGCGCUGGGCUGUGGAGGGCCUGGCCUAUCUCACACUGGACGCUGAUGUAAAGGAUGACUUUGUUCAGGACAUCCCUGCUCUGCAGGCCAUGUUUGAGCUGGCCAAGACCAGCGAUAAGACCAUCCUCUACUCAGUGGCCACCACCCUGGUGAACUGCACCAACAGCUACGAUGUCAAGGAGCUCAUCCCAGAGCUGGUACAGCUUGCCAAGUUCUCCAAGCAGCAUGUGCCUGAGGAGCACCCCAAGGACAAGAAGGAUUUUGUCGACAUGAGGGUAAAGCGGCUCCUGAAGGCUGGUGUCAUCUCAGCACUGGCCUGCAUGGUGAAAGCCGACAGUGCUAUCCUCACCGACCAGACCAAGGAACUGCUGGCCAGGGUAUUCUUGGCACUGUGUGAGAACCCAAAGGACCGGGGCACCAUUGUGGCUCAAGGUGGUGGCAAGGCUUUGAUCCCCUUGGCUCUGGAGGGCACAGAUGUGGGCAAGGUGAAGGCAGCCCAUGCUCUGGCCAAGAUCGCUGCUGUCUCCAAUCCAGACAUCGCCUUUCCUGGGGAGAGGGUAUAUGAAGUGGUACGGCCUCUGGUAAGUCUCCUGGACACCAAAAGGGAUGGGCUCCAGAACUAUGAGGCUCUCCUCGGCCUCACCAACCUGUCUGGACGGAGUGACAAACUCAGGCAGAAGAUCUUCAAGGAGAAAGCCUUACCGGACAUCGAGAACUACAUGUUUGAGAAUCAUGACCAGCUGCGGCAGGCGGCCACUGAGUGCAUGUGCAAUAUGGUGGUCAAUAAGGAGGUACAAGAGAGGUUCCUGGCUGAUGGGAACGACAGGCUGAAGCUGGUGGUGCUGCUCUGCGGGGAGGACGACGAGAAGGUGCAGAAUGCAGCUGCUGGGGCCCUGGCCAUGCUGACUGCAGCGCACAAGAAACUGUGUCUCAAGAUGACCCAGGUGACAUCACAGUGGUUGGAGAUUCUGCAGCGGCUCUGCCUGCAUGACCAUCUGUCUGUGCAGCACCGGGGCCUGGUCAUUGCCUACAACCUGUUGGCAGCCGAUGCUGAGCUGGCCAAGAAGCUGGUAGAGAGUGAGCUAUUGGAGAUCUUGACAGUGGUGGGCAAACAGGAGCCCGAUGAGAAGAGGGCCACAGUGGUUCAGAUAGCCCGGGAAUGUCUCAUCAAGUGCAUGGAUUAUGGUUUCAUUAAGCCAGUGUCGUAGUUAGGAGCCCACGGGGAGGCUGGGGCUGGUCCUGUACUGUGUGGAAACCUGAGCAGGGCGGUCCUGGAGUGUGAGCGUAUCUAAGGAAUCACAGCAAUGGCAAUGAAGUCCCUUUAUCCUGGAAAAGUUUGAAUGUUUCAUUGGCAUCCUUGCUCCCUACCUCUGUACAUGUCCAUGUUUCAGAAAUUUCUAGAAUAACUGUCAUCAUGAUUAUAAAAUGGGGGUGGGGUUAGGGCAAUGAUCCCUUCUGUACCCAUUCUGAGGCCCAGAUAAUAGGUGGAAGUUCUUUCUGCUCUGGGAAAAUGGAUUGUGUGGAAAAGUAGGAAGGAACAGGCAUGUGUCUAUAAAGACUAGCACCCUGGUUGAGUUUGGAUGCUGGUCUGUGCAAGCUCUCACACUCUCCCUCCCAUACUAUUGAAUUAGGCUGUUCUGAACUGCAUGUACCAGCAGCAGGGCCCUGUCCCAGCCCUCUCCCCAUCCUGUCACCCAACUAUCAUGGAAACCCAGCUCAUGUUCACCAGUGUGACAUGAUCUUGGCACUUUGCUUGGGAAAGUCUUCCAAGCAAGAUGGAUAUGAUGAGCAUACAUAUGGACAACUCCAACAACAAAAAAGAUAUAAUUCAUUGAUACUUAUAUCUUAGCCAUUCAGGGAAGAUUUGACAUUGUUAAACCUAGUGCUUCAAAUAUGAGCAUCAGUAUUAUUCUCUGUGUGUGUGUCUUUUUUCUCCCUCUCAUCUCCCAACCCAGAUCUCAAUGUUGAUACCCUUUAGGUUGACUUAAUUCUCUGAAAUGCCUUCUCUAAGGGGUGGGAAAAAGAGAGCUUAGCAACAUCAGACUUGCAUACCUGUUAUAGUUUAUUAUGGAAGAUAUUUUUUAAAAGACCAUUAUUUAUAGUCCUAGUGGACCCAAAGUUCUCCAGGGAUGGCUGGUACAUCUAGAUUAGGUCAUUUUCUAACCCAUGAUUGAAUCAUAUCCAGAGAUAGAUGGUCAAAUCUAAGUUGAGAGACAGACUUCCACCUGAUCUGGUUGACAAAGACUCAUUGGUUUACAAGGUGAUGGAAAACAGAUGUUCCCACAAGAUAAUGUAUGUUGGAAGACCAAAGAAUACAUUCUGCACAUUGGUUUUAGCCAUAGAAGAAUGGCACAAGGAAUAUGCUUAUAGAUACGAAUUUCUCAAUAAUGCUGCAGCUCCCAAUUCAUAUAAUUAUGGUAGGGUAUGUCACUCCAGUAUGUACUAGUUCUACCCAUACUUAUUGAAGGCUCAUUCUGAUAUCUGCAUUGGGUAGAUGUUGAGAUAUUCAGAUUUAUGGUUCUUAAAUGAUUUCAAUACAAUAUAAUUGUAUAUAUGCCUGAAACAUCAACUAGAAGAGAGAUAGAUUAUUGGAAAGUUAUGCUAUUAGAAGAUGGGGGAAAUCUUAACAUAAUACCCCAUUGCACCCAGCCAGAGAGAACAGAUGAAAAAUCAGGAAAAUCUGAGUUUCUCAGAGGUUUUCUUUGUAAUAACAAUACUCCAAACACUCUUUGCUAACUCUUGCAUGACCUUGUUUCACUGAACAAAAGUAUGUUCAUGGUUUCCUUCUUAUUCUGAUGGGAUAGCCAACACUGAGAUGUGGCCUUUUCUGAAAUACAAAUGUUUGUUAGUAAUAAAUGGUAUGAUUUGGUCUCUG